UUCAUUGAAGAGGAAAAGACCGAUUGGAGUUUCUUCCAGCGGCGGCAGUGUGAGCGCAGCCAGUUAGCGGCACUGCAGAUGGACUGAAGGCGAGUCAGCUCUCCAUCCUCGCGCACUCUGCCACGUCCCCCCCCCUCCUACACACACACACACACACACACACCAUGGACGCAUCUCUCACAUCCCCUCGUCCCUUCAUUUAACCCGCAUCGGCUGCAUCCAGACGCGACCCGACGACACGAACACCCGCUUCCCUCGCAGCUCCCGCGGACACCGACAGGCUCGUUCCCCCGCCGUGGAGGAGGAGGAGGAGGAGGAGGAGGAGGAGGAUGAAGCGGCUCUUUGUCAGGACCGUGGAGGACAAAGCCAUGAACCCCUGGCUGCUCUUCGCCCUGCUCGGACUUUGUGCAGCGCUUGGGCCCAUUAAACAGGAAGAGGAGGACUAUGAAGAUGUGCCCAUAAAUAAGACCUGGGUCUUAUCACCAAGGGUCUAUGAGAGCGAUGUGACUUUGAUCUUAAAUAAACUGCUGCAGGGCUACGACAACAAACUGCGCCCUGACAUCGGAGUGAGGCCAACAGUGAUUGAAGCAGGCGUGUAUGUCAACAGCAUCGGACCAGUGGACCCCAUCAACAUGGAAUACACCAUUGACAUCUUCUUUGCCCAGACAUGGUACGACAGCCGACUGAAGUUCAACAGCUCGAUGAAGCUGCUCAUGCUAAACAGUAACAUGGUAGGCAAAAUCUGGAUUCCCGACACAUUCUUCCGGAAUUCACGCAAAUCAGACGCCCACUGGAUCACCACUCCUAACCGCCUCUUGAGGCUGUGGAGCAAUGGGAGGGUCAUGUACACGCUAAGGUUGACUAUUAAUGCGGAGUGUUACCUUAAGCUGCAUAACUUUCCAAUGGAUGAGCACUCAUGCCCCCUGGAGUUUUCAAGCUAUGGUUAUCCUAAGAAUGAGAUCAUGUACCGGUGGCAGAGACGAGCGGUAGAGGUGGCCGACCAGCGAUACUGGAGACUCUAUCAGUUUGCCUUCGUUGGGUUGAGGAACAGCUCUGAUGUGGCCCACACCCAAUCAGGGGAAUAUGUAAUCAUGACCAUCUUCUUUGACCUGAGUCGAAGAAUGGGCUACUUCACCAUCCAGACCUACAUCCCCUGCAGCAUGAUCGUAGUCUUGUCCUGGGUCUCCUUCUGGAUCAAUAAGGAUGCCGUCCCAGCCCGCACGUCUCUAGGUAUCACCACAGUGCUCACCAUGACGACUCUCAGCACCAUCUCCAGAAAGUCCCUGCCCAAGGUUUCUUAUGUCACUGCCAUGGACCUGUUCGUCUCUGUUUGCUUCAUCUUCACCUUCGCUGCCCUCAUGGAGUAUGGCACUCUGCACUACUUCACCAGCAACAGACAGACCAAGAAGGCUAAAGCCAGCAUUAACACACAGCAGAGGGCGUCCAGCAUGGUGAACAUCCGACCGGGAACGUCCCUGCUGCAGAUGAACAACAUUGUGCCGUAUCAUGAUGAGGAUGAUUUCGAUUCCGAGUGUUUGGACGGAAAAGACUGCACCAGCUUCUUCUGCUGCUUCGACGACUGCCGCUCAGGCGCCUGGCGUGAAAACAGGAUGCACGUACACGUUUCCAAGAUUGAUUCCUACUCACGAAUAUUCUUCCCCACCGCUUUUGGCCUUUUCAAUCUGGUUUAUUGGAUAGGUUAUCUGUAUCUAUAAAACCAGUAUUAGUCAGAAGGAAAGCUGAAGUUUAACAUCUGCAAACAUUUCACGGAAAUAGAAAUGUUCACAUAGCAGAAUUAGGAAAUUUAUGACAAAAAGGUAAACUAAAUUAAAAUCUAAAUAAAAAUUAAACCUGCUAGCAGUGAGGUAUGGCAGCACAACAUAGAGUAGCCACUAGCUACAGAACAGAAUAGAUAUUCAUUGUCCCCAGUCCAUAAUCCCUAAUAAUUAAAAUGACCCUCUGACCUUACAUCCAUGAAAUCUGUUAUGGAAUCCCAAAUGUAGUACUUGUAGAAAUAUCUAUAAUAAUUGACAUAUUGUUAACUCAUGACACUUAGGGCUCUGUUGUGACUGCAACAUUAGUGCAACUAGUACUACAACAAUGUGGUAUUCUUAAUCUUUAAAUAUACCUUCGAGACGUUGUUCACGUGAGGAAAAACAUCUUAUUUGCCUUUACAUCUCCUACUUUCCAUCCAAAACAUCCAUCGAUCAAUCUAUUGGAAAGGUAGCUUAAACAUCCUUUCUUCCCACAUUUAAUCCCUCCAGCAUGUUCGGAGUCAACUGUGCUCAGAAAAGUCCACAGAUAGAUGCGUCCAAAAUGCAGUUAAACAACUCAACUUCCUCCCUUGAAUGUAGAGGACAGAUAGUAACACUCUGUCCUUCUGUCUGAUAUCUGAGACCCUCACUCUGUCUGUAACAUUGAGACCCAGACAUCCUGCAAAGCAAACAAUACUUUGGGCCACUUGUAGCCACAGUCUCAUUCUUCUCAGUCAUUACCCAGAAUGCAUAGCAAUAGGCAACUAAUGCGACACAGAUUAUUCAAUUAACUGAGGCCUUCAUCUUCAGGCUAAUCGCAGUCUUCAUCAUGGCAGUCCAGCGCAAUCAGAAACCCUGAGAUUCUUCAUGUCCUUCCCUUGUGGCGUUGAUUCUCUACCAACCUAGAGGGGGCAAUGCAUCGUUUCCCAGCAUCAUGUUCUGUGUCUGUACGAGUCACAGCCCACUGUGCUUCACACUGUGCUGUACUGGUGUUUGUGACUGCACCAUUACAUCAGAGCUCUAAGUACAUUUUUCAAUAGCAGGGGUUCAUAAUAUAAUAUAAUAUAAUAUAAUGGCUCUUGAUCUUUAAGGUUAGCUCAAUACUGUGAUUCAAUUCAAUGCUAAUGACUUCUGUUGCGAUCAUGUUUUUAAUUGAAAAAGAACAACAGGCCUCUUUGUUAGCCAGCAUUGUCUGUCACUUUUAAGAAUUAAAAUAACAAAAAUAACUCGUAGCAGAUUCAGCUGUAGCUAACACAUUUAAAUUCUACAACAGAUAAAGUCAACUUUUAAAUAUUGGAAUUAAAAACUGAUUAUAUCCUGAAAGGAUUGUGAUUUAUUUACCGACUCAUGGCAGCUCUAUAGCCGACACAUGUUUGCAGAAGUAAAACUCCAGUUUAAACAGAGGAGAUAUUGCCAUCAGACGUUUAUAAAACAGCCCAAGUGUUUACUCUUUGCUGCUGUGCUAGUGACAUAGUUGAGAGGCAGGAGUGAGGAGGUGCAUUGAACUUUGGACCUGCAAUAUGGGAUGGAGGGUUGUUGUGCCCACUCUUAAAGAUAUACUACCUGAUUUAAUUAUAGAGUCCAGUAGUUAUAAUGAUCAAAAGUGAGUUUUGGAGAGUUCUGUGACACUAUUGGUCAAUGUAACAAAACCAGGGAACAUAUCUUUAUAUAUUUGAACAACUUAAUUGUUCUGCUGCCUUUUCUUGGCAGCAGCUCAUAGAGGUAAAAUUAUGGAGGUCAAACUGGGCCAGAUUCUGCUCAGAGGUGAAUUCAUGGAAGGAAUUAGUCAAAUCUGUCAAACAGUGAGUAUCAAUGAACGGCGAUGGUUGUUUUUCCCAGCAGCCACAUUUUAUACUGAAUGAAGUUAUAAAAAAAGUUAUAGAAUUAUCAUUGAUACACUGUAGAGGGAAACGCUAACACGCCUGUGUUAAAAAUUGAAAACGUCCAGCUCUAAAUUGUACAUUUCUUUUUUGGGAAGGAUUGAGAAAACUAUGCCCUUUAGAUUAUACGGCUCAAAAAUUACUUGAAUUUCCUUUUUUAUGGUUGUGUUGCAUGUUAAAGGCUUACAAUAAUGCCACCAUGCAGUCUAUCUGAAACACAAGAGAUAGAUACAUACUGAUAUAUUUCCAGCAAUACCUUGAAAUUGCUGUAUACAUGUUAGAUACAAUGUCUGAAUGGCAGCUGUCAAUAGCAUAGAGUCAAUAGCAAAAGGAGCAUUUAACUAUGAUAGACUUCAAGCUUCAAUUUUAUACAACAUUCUUUACUUUUCAGAGGCAGAGGUUCAGAAAGUGGUCCUGGAGUUUGAAAUGUAAAACUUUAACUCUGAAUUAUUGGUGGAGAUGAUCAGGUCAAAUCUUUUCCCUGAUUCCUUCAAGAUUCUUUUCACCAUUUAUAGCACCACAAUGUUUCACAGCUGUUUACCACUGUUGCCUGAUUGACUCUAAAUUCAAUUCAGUACAAAUCAACUGUAUGACACCGAGUUGACAGUGGAAUCAAUCUCAGUUGAAGAAUGAUUUGUAGGUUUGGAGUUAGUUGACAAUUUGUCGUUUGUCACAUGAGGUCACCAAGGGGCUGCUGUUAGUCAGGCGGCUACUGUUGGAAAUAUUGGUGAUUUAAUUGAAAGAAAUUAUAAUUAUUGUCUCUGCUGAAUAAAAAGUAUUCAGGCGAUUAUGUAGUGAAGGACUACAUUCUCUAAGACAGUGCAGGAUACCUAUGUUCUUUGCUCUACAAUAAAUGCUUAAACCAGAA